UCGCUCCACCCCCUGGCGUUCCCGGAGGCGGGGAGGCCGGGGCGCCGGGUCUCGGGGUUCCCGCCUGGCAGCGGCCGCGGCGGUCGGGGUCGGGGUGGGGCGAGGCGCCCCCAGUGCGGACGCUGCCCCGCGGGCCUCCCGGGCGGUCCAGGCGCGCCCCGGCCGAGGGUCCGAGCGCUGCGCCCCGGCAGCUGGGAGGGCUGGGGCUGGCUCGGAGCGCGGCGAAAGGAUUGUGCUGGGCGGAAGGGCAGACCUCGGAGCCACCCACAGAGCGAACACCCCAAAAGAGAAGAAAAGACUGGAAAACUCAUCUGUCUUCUGGUAUUGCUCAGCGUUUAAACCAUCAGUGGCUGGCUGUGUAGGCUUCUCUCAAGAUGAAAGCUAGCUUGAGAGCUCUGUUGGAGAGACCCCACCACCUCAUCACUGUAGUGCAGGGAAACAGGAGAACAAAUCGUUUCUUCUUCAAACGUCUUAGACUAUAAAACUUUCAACUGAAAGACUUACGCAGUGGAUCACUUUUUCUUCUCUCUCCUUUGAAAGGAAUUGAAGCAGAAAUAUAAUGGGAAAGGCUUAACGUUACUAUUCAGGAUGAAUGAUGAUAAUUCAGGUGAUAAGACAGAAGAUGAAUUGCAAUCCUUAUUUAUCAGCGAUACAGAUGGAAACACGUAUACAUACAACCCCAAGUCACCACCAGCACAAAACCCUUCAACCAGUGAUGUGAAUUGGAGUUCUGCUAACUCAGAGGACAUGGUGGUUGGUUAUAAAACUGACCCUGCUGGGAACAAUGGUGAAAAUAUUUCUUUAAGCCAUCAGUACACUGACGUGCUUGAUCACCAAAAGUCUUCAAGUGAUUUCAUUGGAAAGCAGGUGUUAGACAGGCAUAAGGGUCCCAUUGUUGCACAUGCAGAGAAGCAUGAAAAUCUGCAUAACAAUUGUCAUUCCCUAAAAGCAUUUCAGGAACUGAGUGUUCAGCCACCUCUGCCUUUUGUGUGGAAGCCUAAUGAUGAUUUGAACUGUGCAGACUACUCUUCUGCCUUGGAGCUAAACCAAACAUUUGAGGCGAAAGUGGGUCAAGUUAACUGCACCGAGUCACAUCAUACCUUUGAAAAGAGACCAUCUUUGCCUGCUACCGAAAGUCUGCCACCAACCAGUAGGAAAAGUGGAAAGACAUCUCCUUUACCCUCUUCCACUAGGAUGCCUUCCCAUUCCGAUAAGAUUCGUGUAGGAGAAACUAGGUGUGAUCCAAAGAGCUUUGAAAACCCUCAAGCCAUUCCAUCAGAGGCUCAAGGCACAACUUACCCAGCAUGUUCUGAUGUCAUGAUGCAAACCGAGGUUUUUGUUCCAGAUGUUGAAAUUCAGUGUCAAUAUUCUUCAGGAAAGGUCACCAGUGAGUGCACAGAUGGGUCACAGGAACAACUAGUUGGAGAAAAAGAGAUAGAAGCUCAAACAGCAGUUUCUGAUGGCAUGGACGUCCCCAGUGGGUCUGUAUUACAAGAGUUCUUUUGUUUAUCUACGGAUGAACCAAAUAGUGCAACGCAUUCACACAGCUCAUAUGGGCAAAAGGAAAUAGGCCAAAAUCUAAGAGAGACAGUGUCCAGUUGUCUUAUUGAUGAUGAAUGCCCUUUGGUGGUGCCAGCUUUUGAUAAAAAUAAAGCCCAAGGGCUGAAUCCAGAACAUAAAGUUACUGUGACUAAAGACACAUACAUUGCCUCCAGUGAAAAGGAUUUGGGAAUCCAAAAUUGUACCUCAGAAUUGAUACUAAAUGGCUCACCAUUGGUUUCAUCAUUUGAAUUGACUUGGGAUGAAAAUAAUAAGGUCAUUAGCACAAAUAAAAUGGUUUGCAUGUCAACACCAAUCCUGGAACCCACAACCAUACACUUUUCCGUUUCACCUAUCCAAGUGACAGAGAAAUGUAAAAAAGUGGAGAGGAAUAAUCGAGAGCUUAAAAACUCCCCAAAGUUGAAGGGGACACCUGUCAACAUGUCUAAACCUAGUCUAGGAAAAUCAGCAACCAAAACAAAUACCCUAACAGGCUGCAAAGUUAGAAAAACCGAAAUUAUAAGUUACCCAAGACCAGACUUCAAGAAUGUUAAAGCUAAAGUUAUGUCCAGACCAGCGUUGCAGUCCAGAGACCCCACGUUAUCAAAGGUUCCACCCCAAGCUCAGGUGACCAGUGCCUCUUCACCCUCAUCAGCAUCUUCCUCAAAACAGUUGACCGUUUUGAACAAAACACCAAGAUCUGACUUGACUGCGGACACAAAAGCAGAUAUUCUAAUUAACAAGACGCAUAAGCAGCAAUUUAACAAACUCAUUACUAGCCAGGCUGUGCAUGUUACAACUCAUUCUAAAAACGCUUCCCACAAGAUUCCAAGAACAACAUCUGCCGUGAAAUCGAAUCAGGAAGAUGUUGACAAAGCAAGUUCUUCUAAUUCACCGUGUGAGACUGGGUCCGUCGCAGCCUUAUUUCAGAAGAUCAAGGGCAUACUCCCUGUUGAAAUGGAAAGUUCAGAAUGUUUGGCAAUGACAUAUGUUUCCAAUAUCGAUAGGAUUAGCCCCGAAAAGAGGGGUGAAAAAGAAAAUGAGGCAUCUAUGGAAAAACAAGAACUAAAACAGCUUAUGAAUGAGACUUUUGAGUAUGGGUCUCUGUUUAUGGGUCCUGCCUCAAAAACUACUGCCACCUCAGAUAGGACUAUAUCCAAGCCCGACUCCUGCAGUUUGAGGAAAAUACCUAGUUCAAAAGCCAAAGCCGGGGCUUCUGUUUCCUGUUUGAGGCGAAACAGUGACAGCAGGAAUCUCCAUGCUGAUAGAGCUCUGUCUCCCCAGAGGAUCAGGCGUUUGACCAGCUCUGGAAAACCUGCAUCGUUGAAAACUGCACAGCCGUCUUGGGUGAAUUUGCCUAGACCACUUCCUAAAUCCAAAGCAUCUUUGAAAAGUCCUGCCCUGCGGAGGACAGGAAGCUCCCCCUCGGUCACCAGCACCCACAGUGAUCUGAGCACUUACAGCAAUAACUCUGGUAAUGCUGCCAUCAUCAAGUAUGAGGAGAAACCUCCCAAACCAGCAUUUCAAAACGGUUCCUCAGGAUCCUUUCAUUUGAAGCCUUUGGUAUCCAGAGCUCAUGUUCACUUGCUAAAAACUCCUCCAAAAGGUCCUUCAAGAAAGAGUCUACUUACAGCUUUUAAUGUGGUUGAAAAGGGCAGGCGGCAGAAUCCCAGAAGUUUAUGUAUCCAGACACAGACGUCUCCAGAUGUGCUGUCCUCGAAAAAAACACUAGAAUUGGCUCAAUUUAAGACAAAAUGUGAAAACCAGAGCGCAUUUAUCCUGCAGCUCAAGCAGCUGCUUUCCUGUGGAAAUACCAAGUUGGAAGCCUUGACGGUUGUGAUUCAGCACCUUCUCGCAGAGCGGGAGGAAGCGCUAAAACAACAGAAGACCCUAUCUCAAGAACUCCUUAACCUCCGGGGAGAACUAGUCACUGCUUCCACCACCUGUGAGAAAUUAGAAAAAUCCAGGAAUGAGCUUCAACUAGCUUACGAAGGAUUCGUCCGGCAGCACCAGGCCGAUAGAACAGAACGAGAGAAUCAGCUUAAAGAAUUUUACACCAGGGAAUAUGAAAAGCUUCGGGACACCUAUGUAGAAGAAGCAGAGAAGUAUAAAACUCAGUUGCAAGAGCAGUUUGACAACUUAAAUGCUGCCCAUGAAACCUCUAAGCUGGAAAUUGAAGCUAGCCACUCAGAGAAGAUAGAAUUGCUCAAGGCAGCCUACGAAGCCUCCCUUUCAGAAAUCAAGAAAAGCCAUGAAAUAGAAAAGAAAUCACUGGAGGAUUUACUUUCUGAGAAGCAGGAAUCACUAGAGAAGCAAAUCGAUGACCUGAAGAGUGAAAAUGAUGCUUUAAAUGAAAAGCUUAAAGUAGAAGAACAAAAAAGCGUCUCAAGAGAGAAAGCAAAUUUCAAAAACCCGCAGAUCAUGUAUCUGGAGCAAGAAUUAGAAAGCCUGAAAGCUGUGUUGGAGAUCAAGAAUGAAAAGCUGCACCAACAAGACGUGAAGUUAAUGAAAAUGGAGAAACUGGUGGACAACAACACAGCCCUGGUUGACAAAUUGAAGAAAUUCCAGCAAGAGAAUGAGGAGUUAAAAGCCCGGAUGGACAAGCACAUGGCCAUUUCAAGGCAACUCUCCACCGAGCAGGCGGUUCUGCAGGAAUCCCUGGAGAAGGAGUCAAAAGUGAACAAGCGCCUCUCCAUGGAGAACGAGGAGCUUCUGUGGAAACUGCACAACGGCGACCUGUGUAGCCCCAAGCGGUCCCCCACGUCCUCUGCUAUCCCUUUCCAGUCCCCGAGGAAUUCCGGCUCCUUCUCCAGCCCUAGCAUUUCACCCAGAUGACACAUCUGAACACGCUAGACUGUCCGGAAGCCUUUGGAUACAGGUCUGUAGGACUGACCCUCACGGGGAGCAAGGGAGCACCGCAGUAGCUUACAUGGAUUCACCGCCGGUAACUGGAAAGUCACUGCUGGAAUCGGCUCCUUUUGAGACUGGAACUCUGGAGGGAGACUUUUGACCUAGUCCUAAAGACACCUCCAAAAAAGAUUUCAGAACCGACCCGGACAUCGUUGCACAGAGCACUUAAAGAACGAGAGAAUCUUGUUCAUUGCCUUUUUCACCUAAGCAUAGGGGGAAAAGCUCUCAGGGGCCUAUUAGGAUAAAGAUGUAUAACCUUUCUACUCUU